AGGUGAGAAUGUGGGUCGUUUAAGGGUGUAACCCGACCCAUUCAGGAAGCGGGCCGGUUGGAGCGUUUCAUACUUUCAUGGUAAUCGCCGAACUUUUCCGCUCUAAUCACUAGACUAAAAAGUUGCUGCCAUUAUGAAAGAACAGAAGAGCUGAAGCUCUUCCCAGAGGCGGUAAGACGAAAGAACAGAAUAGAAAAGUUGAGAAGAAGCACUCUCUGCGACGGAACUGAUUGAAGAGAGUCAAAUUUUACAUUGAAGUGGGGAGAUUCUGCUUUCUUUCCGUGAUUUUGGUGUUUUAUACAUGGUUUUAUUGCUUCUAGAGAUUGUUUUUGAAUGGUUGAAUAGCAUGCGCAGACGUCUUCACUAGUGGCCUUGCUGUUGAAGAAUUGCAGAGUUUUGCCUGGACUGGGUUGAUUUGUUUCUGCGUAUUUUUUUCUGAUUGUUUCUCUCGAAAGAGUGAAUUGGUUUUUGUUCAAAAGAUGGUGCGCUUUAAUGGGUUCGGCGUAGUUUGAGCUAAGGGAAAGAGGAAGUAAAAAGGAGAAGAUAUAUAGUCUUGGAUCACGGCGCCGCGUCCAACUUUAAGCUUACAAAAUGCCAAUUGCUUUGCUAUGGGUGGCGUCUCCCGUUACAGAGAUCUCCAAUUUUGGGUCUCUUGAGUUGGUCCAGUGGGGAAGCUGGCGUUCGGAAUCGAAAAGGUUGAUGUUGCUCAAUAGGAGUUUGAUGUUUAACCGUAGAGUGAAGAAGGGUAGGAAACAGAAAAGGAAUUCAUCUUCUCUCAGCUCAGAUUUGAGGUCUUCCUGCUUGUGUGGAUCAGGAUUGGACAAUAAUGGAGGUAAAUUCCCUGUUCUUUCGAGCAUGGUAGCGAACCCUGCCGGAGAAAUGGCCAUCUCCUCGGAGCAGAAGGUUUACGAUGUAGUAUUGAAGCAGGCAGCCUUGGUUAAGAAGCAAUUGAGAUCCAGAGGCGAUCUUGAUGUGAAACCAGACAUUGCACUUCCGGGGACUCUGAGCUUGCUGGGUGAAGCUUAUGAUCGGUGUGGGGAAGUGUGUGCAGAGUAUGCAAAGACAUUUUACUUGGGAACUCUGCUUAUGACUCCAGAGAGAAGACGAGCUAUCUGGGCAAUAUACGUGUGGUGUAGGAGGACAGAUGAGCUUGUGGAUGGACCCAAUGCUUCACACAUAACACCGACUGCUUUGGAUAGGUGGGAAUACAGAUUGGAAGAUCUUUUCCAAGGCCGUCCAUUUGAUAUGCUUGACGCUGCUUUAUCAGAUACAGUUGCCAAGUUUCCUGUAGAUAUUCAGCCAUUCAAAGAUAUGAUUGAGGGAAUGAGGAUGGACCUAAAGAAGUCAAGAUACAAAAAUUUUGAUGAGCUAUAUCUGUACUGUUAUUAUGUGGCUGGGACUGUUGGAUUAAUGAGUGUACCAGUAAUGGGCAUUGCGCCUGAAUCACAGGCAACGACAGAGAGUGUCUAUAAUGCUGCAUUGUCAUUAGGGAUUGCGAAUCAGCUGACCAACAUACUCCGGGAUGUUGGAGAGGAUGCAAGCCGAGGUAGGGUCUAUCUACCACAGGAUGAGCUUGCGCAGGCUGGGCUUUCAGAUGAUGACAUAUUUGCUGGAAAAGUAACAGAAAAAUGGAGGAAUUUUAUGAAGAACCAAAUAAAAAGGGCAAGGAUGUUCUUUGAUGAGGCAGAGAAAGGCGUUACGGAGCUUAGCCCAGCUAGCAGAUGGCCGGUCUGGGCAUCACUAUUAUUGUAUCGCCAGAUAUUGGAUGAGAUUGAAGCUAAUGACUACAAUAACUUUACAAAGCGGGCUUAUGUAAGCAAAGCCAAAAAAAUUCUUGCUUUGCCAAUUGCAUACGGAAAGUCCAUUGUUGGGUCAUCAAGAACAUCCCCAUCUCUUGCUAAGGCACCCUAAAUAUGAUAUCCAACACCAAUGCAUGAUAGUAUAGUGAAGGAAAACAAAAGUUGUACAUUUGACAUUUCUAUAAUUAAUUCAGUUAGAAUCUUUUUGAAUGAUC